ACGCGGUUAGUUGAGCUCAAGCUGCUCUCCUCUUUCAAACUGCGCCACUCUGUCAACAUGGCGGGCACCGUGGCGAAGAAGUGUCUCAGUCCUCUGACUUUUCUCACCAGGAGGCUUUCUGCUCCGGAGUUUAUCACUCAGUGCUGCUACCACAAGAAGGUGGUGGAUCACUAUGAGAACCCCAGAAAUGUGGGCACACUGGACAAAAACUCCAAGAAAGUUGGAACUGGCUUGGUGGGCGCUCCAGCCUGUGGAGAUGUGAUGAAGCUUCAGAUUGAAGUGGAUGACAAUGGGAAGAUUGUGGAUGCCAGGUUCAAAACUUUCGGCUGCGGUUCUGCGAUCGCCUCCAGUUCUCUGGCCACAGAGUGGGUGAAAGGCAAAUCUGUGGACGAAGCUCUGACCAUAAAGAACACUGACAUUGCCAAAGAGCUCAGUCUUCCACCUGUUAAACUUCACUGCUCCAUGCUCGCAGAGGACGCCAUCAAGGCAGCUCUUGCCGACUAUCGUCUCAAGCAACAUGACGACCAGCAGGAGGCAGCCAGCGCCAGCAACUAAUCCGAGCGCUUUCACUCUGAGCUGGACAACAUUUGCCUCCAGUCCAGCUUCACCACCUCACUUUCCUGCAGUAAUGAUGAUCAGUAUCAUCACCCCUCUGUAGCAGUGUUACACCAGGCUUUCUGUGCUAGUCUGAUCCUCCAACCCUGUAUACUGUAUCUCUUAGCCUGUCACGUUAACGCACAAUAUAAGCACUGUUUCGGGUUGUUGGUACAAAGUUGAGCCUUAUUUUUGAGAUUGAUUGCAUUCCAGUGUAUUUUAAGAUUUUGUGCUGGCGGAGUGUUCGUUCUGAAAGGUGUGAUGGAGGUAUUUAUUAAAGCUAAAAGCUUUUCAAAGCUGCAGUGUGGGACUUUUACAUGUAUUAUAACCUCUGUUACAUUUAAACCCCUUGCCAAACACAAUGCUGAUUAAGCUCAUGACCACUCAGUAAAUAUCUCUGUAUUUCACAGCACCAGUUUUGAUAUAUUUUACGUCAACCAGCAAUGAGUGAAGGAUACAGCUACUAGGAGUGUCGCACAAAAAGAAGCAUCUGAGGAAAAAGUUACAAUACUCCAGAUAAACAAACUUGGCAUUCAGAAGAAGGAUUACAAUUUGAACGCACUGAAAACACUUUACAGUGUUUGUGUAAUAACUCUCACUGCCAAAAGGGGGAGACAAAAGCUCCACACUGCCGCUUUAAAGAUCCUGCCUGCACCCUAAGCACUCACCUGUUUUAUGCAAUUAAGCAAAGUGGCUUGAAACAAAGAAAGGGUCCAUUAGUUUUCAGUGUAAUUUAUUUUUACCUGUGCUUAACUGAAAGUCUGCAAUAAAAGUAUACUGAAUCAUA